AUGAUGGACAUGGAGAUGACAAGUAGCUCAGUACCUGUCUGCAGGCAAGGUCUGUUCAUCCACACAGGAAACCCACUUAUGCGAGACCACCCACUGUCCUGUGAGAGACUGCUUCAUGUUGGUCAGCUGAACUUGACACACUCGGAUAUAAGGUCACCCAGGUUUCAAGAGUCAGUAGAUUCUGCUGCUCCAUGCCUGAAUGGAAGUCACCCAGCUCAGCACAUUAAACAAGAAUGCCCGAGUGAUUAUAAGGUUCUGUCUGAGGCUUCCACACAUAGGAGGAUUACAGAGGGGAUGGAGCUGAGAGCCUCCGGUAGUCUGCAUCCUGAAAUAGACCUAAUGAAUAAUAGCUUUACAAAUUCACUUUCAUCCUACUUGUUUAAUAAUGAACAUAGCUCCUCCCUGGGUCCUUUGUCACUUGGCACCCCUCAGCACUCGGCCAGGCUACAAACAAGCAACCUGAAGAAGAGAUGCAUCUCUGUUGUGCCGUCUUCAGCUGAAGGAAUUGAUAUUACAGCUAUCAUCCGCACAUCACAGACGUCACUGGUCACCUGUGUGAAUGGACUGCGAACUAAUUCAGCUGGCAUUUCCUCUCAUCCUGUGGAGAUCAGUCAUCACAGUACUCAAAAAUCCUCUCGGCCCCAGUCUUGCUCUCAGCCUGGAAACCCUUGCAGUAUUCCCUCCCCUCCAGCAUGUCUUGUACCUGUUUCCACUGAAUGUGACAGAGGUGACUGUGAGCAGAUACAAAUGCAGCAAGUCGAGGAGAAUGGAAGCCUCAGCCUUAUGAUGAAUGGUAGCAUUCCUCAUCAAAACACCUCACACAGCACCCAGAAGGUGAGUUUCUUAAAACAAGAACCAGCUGAUGAUUAUUGCUCCACUGCUGAUCUUUUUCGACAUCAUCAGGGGCUGCCUCCCCCUUACCAUCUACACCAGCAACUAAGCCAAACUCAAGGGACACUGCCUCACUUACACGCCUCGAUGUCUCCAAAGUCCCUUCAGCCCAGCGACGGGGAUGAACAGGACCUCAGCAAUGGCAAACAAGUCUGUCGGUGGAUUGACUGCAGUGCCACUUACGAGCAACAAGACGAACUGGUCAGACACAUAGAAAAGACUCACAUUGACCAGCGGAAAGGAGAGGACUUCACUUGUUUUUGGGCAGGCUGUGUCCGCCGAUAUAAACCCUUCAAUGCUCGUUACAAACUGCUGAUUCAUAUGAGGGUUCAUUCUGGAGAAAAACCAAACAAGUGCAUG